AUGUCCUUCCGCAGCGCCGUGCUUGGCCAGCCCGAGAUCGCAUCGAUCGUCUUUGGCUACCAGGCUGGCCUAUAUGAAGACGUGCGUCCAGCCUUCGUCGCCUGCGAGGAGCUCGUCGAUUUUGACGCGAGCACGAAGCUCUACAUGUGCGACGCGUCGUUGUACGAGGCGUUUACGCCACGCGGCGGUGCGUGGGCAGGUCCCAAGCAAUUCCGUUGGACCGAGUACCUUUUGCGCACCGAUGUGCGUGAUGACCGCCUGCCGCUGCACGUGGCCAUUGCCGGCGGCUGUGCCCACCUGGCCACGCGCAUGCUGCAGUGCCGGCCAGACCUCGCCUCCGAAUACGCCAUUCUUUUGGCUUUUAUCAAAGGCCAGUUGGAGACGGUCGAGGUCCUUCUGGAUCUGCGAACGACGUUGCCUGCGCUGGUGAAGAGUGUGAACCAUGCACAUCGUGAGCAGAAUGGCUACAAGUGGCGCUUCCCGGUGGAGUUUUUGGUCGACCUUCUCGCCAAAAAUGACGCCAACAGCCUGCGUUUGCUUGCGCGCUUUGGCGCUGGCCCCAACGACUUUGAAGGUCGGCGAGAGCGCGAUGCUCAUUCCAAUGCACAAUUGUCCGAACGGGUUAUGCGAUCGGCCAUGCAGCGUGCGACGCUUGCAAACGUGACGCUCGCCCUCGACGUCAUUCCGUGGCUUCACUACCCAAGUCUCGUGGACGAUGUUGCGGGCCGAGGCUUCUUGCCGCUCGUACGCUCGCUGCACGAACGUGGUGUCACGUGCUCGACGGACGCCAUGGAUCAGGCGGCGGGCAAUGGUCAUUUGGAGGUCGUUCGCUUUCUCCAUGAGCAUCGAAGCGAGGGCUGCACCACACGCGCCAUGGACUUUGCUGCGACCAACGGUCAUUUGGAGGUCCUCACGUUUCUGCAUUUGAACCGGACCGAAGGCUGUACGACCGCAGCGCUUGACGGUGCUAUCAGCAACGGCCACCUCGGCAUUGUUCGCUUCCUCCUCGAGCACCGAUCCGAGGGUGCGUCGCCCAACAUCCUCGACCGCGCUGCUGCGAACGGCCACCUCGACGUCGUCCAGUACCUCCACCAUCAAGGCUCGUUUGGCUGCACUGUCGACGCCGUCGACACGGCCGCUUCCGGUGGCUAUUUGGAGGUCGUCACAUUUCUCUUGACCAACCGAAGCGAAGGCUGCAGUCGCGACAAGGUUGUUCGAAAGGCGUUUGAGCAAGGGCAUCUGCGCACGGCUGAGUACUUCCUCUCGCUCCAGUACCCAAGCCCGACUGAAGACAUGAAAUUUCAUGCUUUUGUGUGGAGUCAACCCGAGAUGCUUGACGUCCUCCGGCUGUACUUUGUCCACGGCGGGACUUUGGACUGGAGCUACAUGCUUUCCGCGUGCUGCGCCAACAACCUACCCCUCGUCCAGUUCUUACAUGCGCACCUGAAUGGCGGUCGCUAUGGCCCCUUCACGAUCGGGAAGAUGAUUCAGAGGAAGGCGUGGGACGUCCUUCACUUUCUUCUGGCCCACGUUACGAUGGAUGAUUUGAAGCAAGCGCUCCUUUUUGCGCUGGUGACAGGCCAUCUCGGUCUCGUCACGCAACUGCUGGAGCGUCAGCCCGAGCUCCAUGACGACGAGCUUCUUCACGUAGCUCUUGGACGCGGCAACAUGGAGGCGAUGCGCUACCUCCUUGCUGCCGGUAUUGGCAACCCGCGCGAGUGCCUUCGCGAGAUUGUAGCUUGGAUCGAGGACGUCGAGCUCAAGGCGCAGCUCUAUCAUCUUUAGCCAGGACUCGCCCGCAAACACAAGAGUAGGCAAGUACAGCAAACAUUGAAGGUUCCAUGCACGCGGUUCU